AUGACGCCAACUUCGCUGCCUGCAUACAUUUACAUCCUCAGUGACUCUAAUCCAUUAGCAGCUUCCUGCCUUGUGCGAGUUCAUGGCGGACCGUCCGUGACCGUCCGAGAAACAUCCAGGCUGGAGGGACGGAACUCGAGCAGCGGAGACCGCAAAAGCCGCGGCUCCGGCUUCGACGACGAGUUUCGAGGCAGUUAUUCUUCCACAGUAACCGAUAUUCGAGAACCUCUGGAACUCCUGCGCGGGGCUUUGGUUUCUGAUGGAUCGAGCCGAGAAGUUUUGAUGAACUUCUUAGCUACGAUAAGCUGCGGGCGACGGAAAAGCUCGGAAAAGCUGCGGGCGACGAAAAAACGGACGGAAAAGCUGCUGCGGGCGACGGAAAAGCUAAAAGCUGCGGGCGACGAAAAGCUGCGGGCGACGGAAAAAGCUGCGGGCGACGGAAAAGCUGCCGACGGAAAAGCUGCGGGCGACGGAAAAGCUGCGGGCGACGGAAAAGCUGCGGGCGACGGAAAAGCUGCGGGCGACGGAAAAGCUGCGGCGACGGAAAAAGCUGCGGGCGACGGAAAAGCUGCGGCGACGGAAAAGCUGCGGGCGACGGAAAAGCUGCGGACGACGGAAAAAGCUGCGGGCGACGGAAAAGCUGCGGGCGACGGAAAAGCUGCGGGCGACGGAAAAGCUGCGGCGACGGAAAAGCUGCGGCGACGGAAAAGCUGCGGGCGACGGAAAAGCUGCGGGCGACGGAAAAGCUGCGGGCGACGGAAAAGCUGCGGGCGACGGAAAAGCUUGCGGGCGACGGAAAAGCUGCGGGCGACGGAAAAGCUGCGGGACGGAAAACGGAAAAGCUGCGGGCGACGGAAAAAGCUGCGGGCGACGCUGCGGGCGACGGAAAAGCUGCGGGCGACGGAAAAACGGCUCGGAAAAGCUGCGGGCGACGGAAAAGACGACGGAAAAGCUUGCGGGGGACGGAAAAGCUUUAAAAGCUGCGCGACGGAAAAGCUGCGGGCGAAAAGCUGCGGGCGACGGAAAAGCUUCGGAAAAAGACGGAAAAGCUGCGGGACAACGGAAAAGCUUGACGAAAAGCUGCUGGAAAAGCUGCGGACGACGGAAAAGCUGCGGGCGACGGAAAAGCUGCUCGACGGAAAAGCUGCGGGCGAAAAAACGGCUGCGGGCGACGGAAAAGCUGCGGCGGAAAACGACGGAAAAGCUGGAAAAGCUGCGGGCGACGGAAAAGCUGCGGGCGACGGAAAAGCUGCGGGCGACGAAAAGCUGCGGGCGACGGAAAAGCUCGGAAAAAAAAGCUUUGCUCGGAAAAGCUCGGGCGACGGAAAAGCUGCGGGCGACGGCUGA